AUGGCCGCCAUGCCCGCUGAGUUCAUGCCCAUGUCGCCAAUGCCGACGCAAGUACUGCCGGAGGCAGCAGCAGCAGCGCCAGAUUUCAAUCAAGCUCUCGCGGCUGCUGCUGCACAAGCGACUCAACAGGCUGCCGCCGUUCAAGCAGCAGCCCAAGCGGCAGCAGCUCAAGCGGCAGCUGCUCAAGCAGUGGCUCCCGCGGCAGAUGGUGAUCCGAACGGGGCGUUGGCAGCUCUUGCUGCUGGAGUUCCUGGAUUCCCAAUGAUGGCAGGAUAUCCUCAGCUAGCUGCCGGCUGUGGCGGGACGGUGCCGCUGUUGGACCCCGCGUACGCUCAGCAGCAAGCUGCAAUACUGUACCAGUAUGCAGCGCUGCAGAGCCUGACGCAACAGAACGCCGGACUAGCAGACCUCACAGACCUCACCGGCGCGUCCCAGCCUGCGUCUAAAGGCCCAUCUUGGAUAAAGCCCGGAGACUGGAAUUGCAAAAGCUGUGGAGAUCUACAGUUCGCGAGAAACAGCAAAUGCCGGCGUUGUGGGGCCGACAAGCCCUCCGAAGCCGAGAUCGCCGCCCAGGCUACAGCUGCGGCGGCCGCCGCCACUUUGGGACUCAGCAAAAAUGGCCUUCAGAUGCGGCCUGGCGACUGGAUCUGCCCAAGUUGUGGCGAUCAUGUCUUCGCCAAGAAUGCCAACUGCCGAAAGUGUGGAACAGCGCGUCCAAAUGAUGUGCUGACAAACAUGCCUGGUGCCGGUCGCAAUGGAACAGGAUCCGUUGCACGCGAAGGAGACUGGAACUGCAAGAGUUGUGGAGAUCUUCAGUUUGCACGCAAUACUACAUGCAGGCGAUGCGGUGCAGCAAAGCCUGAAGAUGCAGGCCUAUUGCCGGCCGUGGCGACGGCGCCUGCUGCACCCUAUGCUGCACGGGCGCCCGGUGCAGAUCUGCGCCCUGGAGACUGGAGAUGCCCUCGAUGCAACGACCAUGUCUUCGCCAGAAAUGAGAACUGCAGGAGAUGUGGACAAGCUCGCCCGACCGGCCAUGACAUGGCAGCCAUGGCAGCUGCCGGCACACUGCCUCCGAACAUUGCUGCGGGCCGGUGGAGAAAAGAUCGCUCGCCGCGCGGAAGUUUCCAGCUCGCCGUUCCCGAAACUCUCGAGGCACAUCCGGAAGCCGAGGGCGAGGAGGGCGAGGAGGGCGAGGACGAGGAUGGGGAGGAAGAGGACGAUGGCAACGACUUCUUUUUUGCCGGCGAGUCCUUGGGCGAGGCAGAUGAUGAGGACCACCAAGUGUGGCUUGCAGGCUCCGCUUGCCACGUUGCGGAGCACUGCCACAUGGACAAGGGGCUGGACGGGCAGGGCGAGGAAGCUUGGCGAGUGACGAUCCUGAUGGAUGCGAAGCCGCCCAUCGCCGGUCCACUUCUCAAACGGUGCAUCGCCUUGAAGACACGUGCUGCGUGGGAAUUCAUUGCAGCCCUCCCCGGCAUCGUGGAGCCCUGGACGAUCCGUGACAAGCCAAAACGCCAGCAGUUUGCAAACUUUGAUGACUUCGAACAUGCAAUUGAGGAGGCAGGUGAUGGGGCCGAGGAUGCCAAUGGUGAGGAAGGUGACGACACCAAGACGAAGGAAGCGAAGGAAGGCCGGGAGUCCCCAACCCUCGAAGCGACCCAGGCACUCGAGGCACUCGAAGGUGACGGCCUCCAAGGCCGGCGACGCGGAGCCGUGCUUACACUGGCGGGCCCUUCCACUGAGACUCCUGAGGAUGCCAUGCGCCGCGACGAGGAAGCCUACUUCCCCGAGAAGAAUCGGCUGCAAAGCUCCUUGACAGCUGCAGUCGUCAGGGACAUCGCGAUGCACAUCUGUGACGCAGCUGUGGCCGUGAACCCCCCGUGGAACGUGCGUGUGGCAAGCGUGGAAGCGGCAUUGCUGGCCUGGGACCUGACGUCAACCAUAUACGGUGCCUGCCGCAUACCAUUGACGCUUGUGACACAGCGUGGAGGCCGGCAGUAUGCUUUUGUCUUCGUCCUGGUGAUGCACCAAGAGUCGGUGGCUUUGAUCGGGCGGUACCUGUUGAAGGAGAUAUCAUUUCUCCCGCUGGAGAAGCGGAAGCUGUCGGAUGCGGUCGAGCAUGUAGCCGGAGCACUCAGCUCGCGGCAUCACGAGCUCAAGACCUUGUCCCCAGUCCAUCUUGACUCUAUACGGCGUUGA